AGGUAAGUAAGGUCUCAUUGACCCAGUUUAGGUCUCAUGUUGGAGUGAAGCAAGAAUAAAAUAAAAGACCAAUUUGACUCUGGAUCCUACCAGCUAUUACUUCAAGGAAAAUUCAAAGGCAAAAUUUCAGUCAACUUUAGGGCAGGCUGAAAUGGGAGAACCCCGUAUCUUAAAAUCAAAUGAGAUAUCAGUUGGCAAUUACUCCUGAAAUUCAUCGUCAUUAUUGAAGAUUAGAUAUGUAAACAUAAUGAUCAAAGAUUUGAAAGUAGUCCAGUGAGUAACUACACCAGCUUCAGCUUAUGAAUACUAAGAAUCACUGAUAGUUACCAAGCCAAGAUUUCCUUAAUGAAUCCCUUUAUUAAGCUUCCCUGUGGUAGUUUGUUCUGCAGAAGAAAAUAUAAACAAUUAGUCCUGCAGGCUUCUCUAAAUCACUUUGUAAUAAAGAAUGAAUUGUUUUCUCCAUUUUCCCAGCAUCAUGUUCUGUUAAGCCAGGAAUUAAACGGAAGGAAGGGACGCUACGAACAGGGCUGGCCCAAGGUAAUUUUCAAGUGCAGGCGAACAGAAUUUUGGCGCCCGCCCCCAAACCAAUCACUGAAAAAUAAAAGUGUUGGAUAAGCAAAAAUGUUGGAUAAUAAGGAGGGAUUAAGGAAAAGCCUAAAUAAAGAACAACACUCUGAAAACAGGGGAAAUCCAGACAGGAAACAAUCAGGUCCAGCUAACACCUCCUAAACAAGGAUGCCCGCAGGGAGGAAGCAGCCAGGCUUUGAAUCUGCAAGGCCAUUAAAUGCUAAUCAAGCUGGCCAAUUGCAACAUUAACAUUAGCCUCAAACAGACAAGAGCUCUUUCUCCCAGCCUGGACUUUCCACAGAUAUAUAAACCCCACUUACCUAGCUUUCAACAGACCUCAGAACCUCUGAGGAUGCCUGCCAUAGAUGUGGGUGAAAUGUCAGGGGAGAAUGCUUCUGGAACAUGGCCAGGCAGCCCGGAGAACUGGCCUCGAAGGCGAAGCAGCCGCAUGGCGCAUGCGCAGUGGUCAGAGAGGGCGCCCCACCCAUCUCACCUAUCCACCAGAGGCAGGGUGGGGCCGCAACGGCCGCAUGGCUCAAGCAACUGCCCAUCUUGGCGCCGGUUUACCACUAGGUCCUGCCGCCUGCCUCGGGACGGGUCGACAGAGGCUCCGGCAGGAAGGCCACGUCUGGGUGGAGGUGCCUCAAUGGUUGCUGAAGGUGCCAUGGAGGCAGGCCAGGCCGCGGCCGCGGAGGCAGGAAGGCCACGCCUGGGCAGAGUUGCCUCAACAGCACCCCCUAGAGGAUGGAGCCUCAGGCAACCACCUAGCUACGAACCGCCCCUGGCUACGAAUCAUCUGGCCAAGCCUCUGCCAGUGCAUGAAACUACAAUGGAGGCAUCCCUGAUGAAUUACCAUCCAAUCUCUGCUUUAAUCUCUGCCCCUCGGAUUCUGAACCAGUGCCUGGCCGCUGUGGUGGACUGGAUGAGGAGGAACAAGCUGAGGAUCAAUCCUGAUAAGACAGAGGCCCUCCUGGUCAGUCGCUCGUCAGAUCGGGGUAUUGGGUGGCAACCUGUGCUGGACGGGGUUGCACUCCCCCUGAAAUCACAGGUCCGCAGUUUGGGGGUCCUCCUGGACUCAGCGUUGACGCUUGAGGCUCAGGUGUCGGCGGUGGCCGGGAGGGCCUUCGCACAACUCAAACUUGUGCGCCAACUGCGACCAUACCUCGUGAAGUCUGACUUGACCACGGUGGUGCAUGCCUUAGUUACCUCUAGACUGGACUACUGUAAUGCGCUCUACGUGGGGCUUCCCUUGAAGACGGCCCGGAAACUACAAUUGGUUCAGCGUUCGGCGGCCAGAUUAAUAACAGGGGCGAGCUACAGGGAACGAUCUACUCCCCUGUUCAAAGAGCUCCACUGGCUGCCGUUCACUUUCCGGUCCCAAUUCAAGGUGCAGACCAUCAUCUAUAAAGCCCUAAACGGUUUGGGACCCACCUACCUUAGUGACCGUAUCUCCUAUCAUAAACCUGCCCGAUCCCUUCGUUCAUCCGGGGAGGCCCUUCUUUCGCCACUGCCUUUAUCCGAGGCCCGUCUUGUGGGAACGAGGGAGAGGGCCUUUUCUGCUGUGGCCCCCCGACUCUGGAAUUCACUGCCCACUGAGAUCAGGCAAGCCCCCACCUUGUUAGCCUUUAAGAAAGAUCUAAAAACAUGGCUUUUCCGAAGUGCCUUUGGGGAGUAAAUGUUAUAUACCUCUUUGGUUAUUCCUCUUGGAUUCUAUCCUUUAGACUGCUCCACCAUUUUAUAUCCCUGUUCCCUUUAUUCGUAUGCCUCUCUCUCCCGAGUUUUUAAUUAAGUGUUCAUGUGGCCCGCCCUGUUUUUUACUGUUUUCUCUGAUUUGUGCUGUAAUGUAUAUGAUUAUUUUUGCACUGUUAUAUUGUGUUAUGAUAUGUUGUUUUAUUUUGUUAUAUUGUAUGGUGUCUGGGCAUGGCCCCAUGUAAGCCGCCCCGAGUCCCCGUUGGGGAGAUGGUGGCGGGGUAUAAAUAAAGUUUUAUUAUUAUUA